GAACGGCUCUGAUUUUUGCUUAAAAGUUAUUUAUUUUUCUAGAAAUAAACAAUUUCGAAAGGAGUUAUAAUUGAAAAAACGGAACCAGUCUACGAGCCUUUUGCUUCAUCUCUCCGCCUCGUUAUCCGUUUCGCUUCUCCCUCUUUCUUUUUCUUUCUUUCUUUCUUUCUCUGUCAUCGAAAAGUAAGAAGAGGAGAGAGAGAGAGAGCGCACGGCGAGGAGGGGAGACGCCUUCAGCAGAAGCAAAUGCCAUGUCUGAAGGCACAGAACACUCAUCUUCCUUAGCUCUCCUCCACCACCGCCAUCACCUCCCGCAGCAGCAACAGCAUCAGCAGCCGCCGCCCGCAUCCCCCUCUGUCGCCGGCGCCAUCGUCCGCGGCUAUCGCAAGGGCAACUGGACCCUCCACGAGACCCUGAUACUCAUCACCGCCAAGCGCCUCGACGAUGAUCGCCGCACAGGCGGGUCGUCGUCGUCCUCCUCCGCCCACUGCUCCCCUUCAGCCUCCGUCUCCGCCACCGCUGCUGUCGUGCCAAGAUCGGCGGAGCAGCGGUGGAAGUGGGUAGAGAACUACUGCUGGCGCAACGGGUGCCUGCGGAGCCAGAACCAGUGCAAUGACAAAUGGGACAACCUCCUUCGCGACUACAAGAAGGUGCGCGGCUACGAGGCUCGCGCCGAUGCCUCCGCCGGGGAGCUACCCUCCUACUGGGCCAUGGAGCGACACGAGCGCAAGGAGCGCAACCUCCCCACCAACCUCGCUGCCGAGGUGUUCGAGGCAUUGACCGACGUCCUCGGCCGGCGCACAGCCCGCCGAGCGAACGCCGCCGCUACUCCCGUCUCCUCCCUCCCUCCGCCCCCUCCUCCACUGCCCUCUCCGCCGCGACUGCCGCAGGCGCCUUUAAACCCUACGGCACCACCAUCUGUUCAGGCGCCGGCGCCGCCCCCAGCGCCGCCAGCGCACCCAUCCGCUUCUGUGGAGAUGUCGUCGGAUUCGUCGGAGUCGGAGGAGAACGACGACGGAGCGGGGACAGCCGAGCCAGAGGCGAAGCGGCGGCGACUGGGUUCCAGCGUGGUACGGAGCGCAACGGUGCUGGCCCGCACGCUGCUAUCCUGCGAGGAGAAGCGGGAGCAGCGCCACCGCGAGAUGGUCGAGAUCGAGGAGCGGCGGCUCCGGCUGGAAGAAGAGCGGACGGAGAUCAGGCGCCAGGAAUUCGCCGGCCUUAUCUCCGCCGUCAACGACCUGUCCAGCGCCAUCCACUCCCUCGUCGCCAAUCAGCGCAACGGAGAUCACCGGUGAACCGGACCGUACCGGCUCUUGAACGCCGCCGACUUGGAAUCAUGAGGGGUUCGGAUGUAAAUAAAUGGCCACAAAGAGGGUAUCGAUUUUUUUAAUAUCUGUCACGUUUCGAAUGACGUGACUCGAUACCCGCAACUUGAUUCGUACCUUUGAUGGGCCACCACUGCCGUACCAUUUAAUUCCCAAGGAAAAUAUUAAUUCCAUUUUCUAAAAAUGAAAAACAUUAA